AUAUGGCUGAUAAUGACAAUAUGUCUAACUACCAAUUCUCUUGUCUUAUUAGAUAUAACUAACAAAUACUUAUUCCUCCUUUCUUCCCCUUUAGACAAACAGGGGUAAAUAAAAGUUUCUACUACCUACACCACCUCUAAGUACCCACUAGGUUAGUGAUAAUAGAUUUUCGACGAUAAUGCCGCUCAAGGUCCUCAUCGUCGGGGCGGGUAUCUGUGGGCCUGCCUUGGCAACGCUACUGCGGCGUUCCGACCCGGAGAACAGUAUCACGGUUGUGGAACGAUACCCGGGAAUAAGACAUAACGGCUUACAAAUUGAUCUUCGGUCAUGGGGUGUACCGAUCAUGAAACGGCUUGGGCUUAUCGACGCCGUGAAAGCGAAGUGUGUGCAUGAGAGCGGCAUAACCUUCGUCGACUCCAAAGGCAGACAACACGGGCUGUUCGGUGCCGCAGGAACUGAAACCGGCCAGCAGUCUUUCACUAGCGAUUUUGAGAUCCUGCGCGGCGACUUGUGUCAGGUUCUCUAUGAGGCUAGUCUACAAGAUUCAGAUGCAAAGGUAGAUACUCCCGAAGGUGAAAAUGGACCCGGCGUUAGCUAUUUAUUCGGCACGACGGUUACGCGACUGGACCAAGAUGAAAAGGGUGUAGAUGUAACUUUCUCAGAUGGUCGGACGGGGCGGUAUGACCUAGUAGUCGGUGCCGAUGGCCAGUGGUCGCGAACACGGCGUAUGAUGUUUGGCGAAGAGGCUGGGCUCGGUAUGUUCAAGCGCCUGAACGUCUACGUCGCAUACUUUACCAUUCCAAGGGAACCCGGGGACGAUGACCUGGCGCGCUUCUACCAUGCAGGAAAGGGGCGCGGCCUGGCCACGCGCACGGGCGACCGGCCUUACACGCAAGUCUACCUGGUGCUAUUCACAGAGUCGGAAGAGGUGCGACGAGGAGUUGAGCGGCAAUCCGUAGAGGAGCAAAAAGAAACUUUCGAGAAAAUAUACCGCGGCGCUGGGUGGCAAACGGACCGCUUCCUCAAGGGGAUGGCCGAAUCGACUGACUUCUACGCGGACUCUAUCGGGCAAAUUAAAGCGCCCCAUGUGGUCAAAGGUCGCAUCGCGCUGAUUGGUGAUGCGGGUUACUGCGCAGCGCCGGUAACAGGCAUGGGCACGACAGUCUCCCUGGUGGGGGCCUGGAUGCUGGCUGGCGAGCUAGCACGACACAAAGGUGACGUACCGACCGCUCUAGAGGCCUACGAUGUGAAGAUUCGCCCAUACGUCGACGAAGCCCAAAAACUCAUGCCUGGUAUACCCAGAAUUAUGACAUUAGAGUCGAACUGGGCUAUCUCCCUUCUACACCUUAUUGUAUCGAUUAUCUCGUUCUUCAAAAUCGACAGGCUAAUCAUGCGUUUCGCGCCCGAAGAAAAAGGGGGCAUGCCGGUUCCGGAGUAUCCAGAGCUGAAGGGGGUGUAUCCCGCAUGAACUAGAAGCGGGAAAUAGGAGGGGGAAGCCUAGGUGGCGAAGGAGCCAGAAAGGUCGAUCGAGGUAUUUGAGCCCUAUUUCUUUGAUAUCUGUAGAUUGAAGCAUCGGGUUUGCAGGUAAUGGGAUAGGCAGAGCUUCCUGAUGUCAAUUUCUUUGAUUUGUUAAAUUAGUAUACCUACCUAUGUAUAUAGGAAGCGAUAUAUAGCUCCUCUCUAUUUAGAUCUCCAAUCUACAUUGUAUGAUUUUUGGCAGGGCUCUUGAAUCAUUUUUCGUGUUUAGGGAUUGCUUUCUUGAAUAUGACGGCUCGUGAUAUUGAACCGCUAGGCUGGGAAAAUACAAGCGAGCACUAAGCAAAAUCGAUCUAUAAU